UGGCUUCAGCCCUGCCGCCGCCAGGCGUUGGCAUCGCCAGGGAGAGCCUUCCGGACUCCGGGCGGCGGCUGGCGGGGGGCGCGUUCCGAGGCGCCCUCAGGCAGGGCGCGGGGGCAGCGCCUCGCCUGGGCUCUGGAGGCUGCGGGGCCGUCGCUCCAGAUGUGAAAGCCAUGGAGUUGAGCUGCAGCGAAGCACCUCUUUACGGGCAGAUGACGGUUUAUGCGAAGUUUGACAAAAAUGUGUAUCUUCCUGAAGAUGCUGAGUUUUACUUUACUUAUGAUGGAUCUCAUCAGCGACAUGUCAUGAUUGCAGAGCGCAUUGAGGAUAACGUUCUCCAGUCCAGCGUCCCAGGCCAUGGGCUUCAGGAGACGGUGACGGUAUCUGUGUGCCUCUGCUCGGAAGGUUACUCUCCGGUGACCAUGGGCUCCAGCUCAGUGACCUACGUGGACAACAUGGCUUGCAGGCUGGCUCGUCUGCUGGUGACGCAGGCCAAUCGCCUCACAGCCUGCAGCCACCAGACCCUGCUGACCCCAUUUGCCUUGACGGCGGGAGCGCUGCCUGCCUUGGAUGAGGAGCUCGUGCUGGCUCUGACCCAUCUGGAAUUGCCUCUAGAGUGGACUGUGUUGGGAAGUUCUUCACUUGAAGUAUCUUCUCACAGAGAAUCUCUUCUACACCUGGCUAUGAGAUGGGGCCUGGCUAAACUUUCCCAGUUCUUCUUGUGUCUCCCGGGGGGAGUCCAGGCCUUGGCUUUACCCAACGAAGAGGGUGCCACACCAUUAGACUUAGCUUUACGUGGAGGACACUCCAAGCUGGUGGAAGAUGUCACAAAUUUUCAGGGCAGAUGGUCCCCAAGCUUUUCCCGAGUGCAGCUCAGUGAAGAGGCUUCCUUGCAUUACAUUCACUCAUCGGAAACGCUGACCCUGACCCUUAACCACACAGCCGAGCAUUUGUUGGAGGCAGAUAUUAAACUCUUCCGGAAAUACUUUUGGGAUAGAGCCUUUCUUGUCAAGGCCUUUGAGCAAGAAGCCAGGCCAGAGGAAAGAACAGCUAUGCCCUCCAGCGGUGCAGAAACUGAAGAAGAGAUUAAGAAUUCAGUGUCCAGCAGAUCAGCAGCUGAAAAGGAAGAUGUAAAGUGUGUCAAAAGCCUGGUGGUUCAACACAACGAACAUGAAGACCAGCACAACCUAGAUUUGGAUCGCUCCUUCGAUGUCCUAAAAAAAUCCAAGCCGCCCUCGACAUUGCUUGCUGCAGGCCGGCUUUCAGACAUGCUGAAUGGAGGUGAUGAAGUCUAUGCUAACUGUAUGGUGAUUGAUCAGGUUGGUGAUUUGGAUAUCAGCUAUAUUAAUAUAGAGGGAAUCACUGCCACUACCAGCCCUGAAUCCAGAGGUUGCACUCUGGGGCCUCAGAGCAGCAAACACACCGUUCCUACAGAAACCAGCCCCAGUGUGUACCCACUUAGUGAAAAUGUCAAAGGGACAGCACACACUGAAGCCCAGCGGUCCUUCAUGUCACCAUCGAGUUCGUGUGCUUCCAACUUGAAUCUUUCUUUUGGUUGGCAUGGAUUUGAAAAGGAACAAAGUCAUCUAAAGAAAAGAAGUUCUAGCCUUGAUGCCUUGGACGCCGACAGUGAAGGGGAAGGGCAUUCUGAGCCAUCGCACAUCUGUUACACUCCAGGGUCUCAGAGCUCCUCAAGAACUGGGAUUCCAAGUGGGGAUGAAUUGGACUCUUUUGAGACUAACACUGAACCGGAUUUUAAUAUCUCCAGGGCUGAAUCACUUCCUCUAUCAAGUAAUCUACAGUCGAAGGAAUCAUUGCUUUCUGGAGUUCGCUCACGUUCUUAUUCUUGCUCAUCACCCAAAAUUUCUUUAGGAAAAACACGUUUGGUGCGUGAAUUAACAGUGUGCAAUUCAAGUGAAGAGCAAAGAGCUUACAGCUUACCGGAGCCACCAAGAGAAAAAAGAAUUCAGGAAGAAGAAUGGGAUAAAUACAUCAUACCUGCCAAAUCAGAGUCUGAAAAAUAUAAAGUGAGUCGAACUUUCAGUUUCCUCAUGAAUAGGAUGACUAGCCCUCGGAAUAAAUCAAAGACAAAAAGCAAGGAUGCCAAAGAUAAAGAGAAGCUGAAUCGACAUCAGUUUGCCCCAGGAACAUUCUCUGGGGUUCUGCAGUGUUCGGUUUGUGAUAAAACACUCCUGGGGAAAGAGUCACUGCAGUGUUCCAACUGUAAUGCAAAUGUGCACAAAGGUUGUAAAGAUGCUGCGCCUGCAUGCACCAAGAAAUUCCAAGAGAAAUAUAACAAGAACAAACCACAGACCAUCCUUGGAAGUUCUUCAUUUAGAGACAUCCCACAGCCUGGUCUCUCCUUGCACCCUUCUUCCUCCAUGCCUGUUGGAUUGCCGACUGGAAGGAGGGAGACUGUGGGACAGGUCCAUCCAUUGUCCAGAAGUGUUCCAGGCACCACCUUGGAAAGCUUCAGGAGGUCAGCCACAUCCUUGGAGUCUGAGAGUGACAGUAACAGCUGCAGAAGCAGGUCUCAUUCUGAUGAGCUGCUACAGUCCAUGGGCUCUUCUCCCUCUACAGAGUCUUUCAUAAUGGAAGAUGUUGUGGAUUCUUCUCUGUGGAGUGACCUCAGCAGUGAUGCCCAGGAGUUUGAAGCAGAAUCUUGGAGUCUUGUGGUGGAUCCCUCAUUUUGUAAUAAGCAGGAGAAGGAUGUCAUCAAAAGACAGGAUGUCAUUUUUGAGCUAAUGCAAACAGAGAUGCAUCACAUCCAGACCCUGUUCAUCAUGUCUGAGAUCUUCAGGAAAGGCAUGAAAGAGGAGCUGCAGCUGGACCACAGCACCGUGGAUAAAAUUUUCCCCUGUUUAGAUGAGUUGCUUGAAAUCCACAGGCAUUUCUUCUACAGUAUGAAGGAACGAAGGCAGGAAUCCUGUGCUGGCAGUGACAGGAAUUUUGUGAUCGACCAAAUUGGAGAUAUUUUGGUACAACAGUUUUCAGAAGAAAAUGCAAGUAAAAUGAAGAAAAUAUAUGGAGAAUUCUGUAGCCAUCAUAAAGAAGCUGUUAACCUCUUUAAAGAACUCCAGCAGAAUAAAAAGUUUCAGAAUUUUAUUAAGCUCCGAAAUAGUAAUCUUUUGGCUCGACGCCGAGGAAUUCCAGAAUGCAUUCUGUUGGUCACUCAGCGUAUUACAAAAUACCCUGUCUUGGUGGAAAGGAUAUUGCAGUACACAAAGGAAAGAACUGAAGAACAUAAAGACUUAUGCAAAGCUCUUUGCUUGAUUAAAGACAUGAUUGCAACAGUGGAUUUAAAAGUCAACGAAUAUGAGAAAAACCAAAAAUGGCUUGAGAUCCUAAAUAAGAUUGAAAACAAAACAUACACGAAGCUCAAAAAUGGACAUGUGUUUAGGAAGCAGGCACUGAUGAGUGAAGAAAGGACUCUGUUAUAUGAUGGCCUUGUUUACUGGAAAACUGCUACAGGUCGUUUCAAAGAUGUCCUAGCUCUACUUCUAACUGAUGUGCUGCUCUUUUUACAAGAAAAAGACCAGAAAUACAUCUUUGCAGCCGUUGAUCAGAAGCCAUCAGUUAUUUCCCUUCAAAAGCUUAUUGCUAGAGAAGUUGCUAAUGAGGAGAGAGGAAUGUUUCUGAUCAGUGCUUCGUCUGCUGGUCCUGAGAUGUAUGAAAUUCACACCAAUUCCAAGGAGGAACGCAAUAACUGGAUGAGACGGAUCCAGCAGGCUGUAGAAAGUUGUCCUGAAGAAAAAGGGGGAAGGACAAGUGAAUCUGAUGAAGACAAGAGGAAAGCUGAAGCCAGAGUGGCCAAAAUUCAGCAAUGUCAAGAAAUACUCACUAACCAAGACCAACAAAUUUGUGCGUAUUUGGAGGAGAAGCUGCAUAUCUAUGCUGAACUUGGAGAACUGAGCGGAUUUGAGGACGUCCAUCUAGAGCCCCACCUCCUUAUUAAACCUGACCCAGGCGAGCCUCCCCAGGCAGCCUCGUUACUGGCAGCAGCACUGAAAGAAGCUGAGAGCCUACAAGUUGCAGUGAAGGCCUCACAGAUGGGCGCCGUGAGUCAAUCAUGCGAGGACAGUUGUGGAGACUCUGUCUUGGCGGACACAGUCAGUUCUCAUGAUGUACUAGGAUCACCAACUGCCUCAUUAGUCACAGGAGGGAGAGAAGGAAGAGGCUGUUCAGAUGUGGAUCCCGGGAUCCAGGGUGUGGUAACCGACUUGGCCGUCUCUGAUGCAGGGGAGAAGGUGGAAUGUAGAAAUUUUCCAGGUUCUUCACAAUCAGAGAUUAUACAAGCCAUACAGAAUUUAACCCGUCUCUUAUAUAGCCUUCAGGCCGCCUUGACCAUUCAGGACAGCCACAUUGAGAUCCACAGGCUGCUUCUCCAGCAGCAGGAGGGCCUGUCUUUUGGCCACUCUGUCCUCCGAGGCGGCCCCUUGCAGGACCAGAAGUCUCGCGACGCGGACAGGAAGCAUGAGGAGCUGGCCAAUGUGCACGAGCUCCAGCACCAGCUCCAGCAGGAGCAGCGGCGCUGGUUCCGCAGGUGUGACCAGCAGCAGCGGGCGCAGGCGGCCAGGGAGAGCUGGCUGCAGGAGCGGGAGCGGGAGUGCCAGUCGCAGGAGGAGCUGCUGCUGCGGAGCCGGGGCGAGCUGGACCUUCAGCUCCAGGAGUACCAGCACAGCCUGGAGCGGCUGAGGGAGGGCCAGCGCCUGGUGGAGAGGGAGCAGGCGAGGAUGCGGGCCCAGCAGAGCCUGCUGGGCCACUGGAAGCACGGCCGGCAGAGGAGCCUGCCCGCGGUGCUCCUUCCAGGUGGCCCCGAGGUAAUGGAACUUAAUCGAUCUGAGAGUUUAUGUCAUGAAAACUCAUUCUUCAUCAAUGAAGCUUUAGUACAAAUGUCAUUUAACACUUUCAACAAACCGAAUCCAUCAGUUAUCCAUCAGGAUGCCACUUACCCUACAACUCAAUCUCAUUCUGACUUGGUAAGGACUAGUGAACAUCAAGUAGACCUCAAGAUGGACCCUUCUCAGCCUUCGAAUGUCAGUCACAAACUGUGGACAGCUGCUGGGUCCGGCCAUCAGAUACUUCCUUUCCACGAAAGCAGCAAGGAUUCUUGUAAAAAUGAUUUGGACACCUCCCACACUGAGUCCCCAAUCCCCCAUGACUCAAAUUCACACCGCCCUCAACUGCAGGCAUUUAUAACAGAAGCAAAGCUACAUCUACCAACAAGGACAAUGACCAGACAAGACGGGGAAACUGGAGAUGGAGCCAAAGAAAAUAUUGUUUACCUCUAAUUGUGUCGUCAUUUUUCCAAACAAAACAAAACACUGGCACUUUUGGGAGAAACUUUUUUUUUCCAUUCCUUAUGUAUGUGUGAUUGUCUGUGUCCAAAUUGCUUUAAGAAUAUUUAAUAUUUCCUGCAAGCUCAUUUUUUUGGCAUGAGUCUAAUUAAAUUAUUGAAAGC